UUACUUUCUACUCAAACUCCCCUAGCGGCUUCUAGUUCUACGCACCAGAACACCAGUUUGGUAUUGCUAGCUACCAAACAACCCCACCACAACUAAGGUUAAUUGGGGAUCCAUGCAUAUUGCAUGUCAAUGAUGAAACCACCCUUCUCUUCUUCUUCCUCUUCUCUUCUAAUGAGAACCAAACCUCGUCUCUCUCCCUCUCUCUUCAUCCUCUUAACUUUCAUUCUCCUCGCUGUCAUCCACUAUGGCCACGACUUCAUCUUCAUCUUCCGCCCACACAACCUUCAAGCCAAUUCGGACGCUGCGCUCUUCCCCACACCCGACUCAGAAACAGAGAGGAGGGAGGAGCAGCAGAAGGUGGAGGAGGAUGAAAGGGAGGAGGAGGAGAAAUCAUCAAGAGGGCACCACUGCGACGUGUUCAGCGGAAGGUGGGUUCGGGACGAGUUGACUCGGCCACUGUACGAGGAAUCGGAGUGUCCGUACAUACAGCCACAGUUGACUUGUCAACAACACGGCCGGCCCGAUGAGGAGUACCGGCGGUGGCGAUGGCAGCCUCACGGUUGCGAUCUUCCCAUAUUCAACGCCAGUAUGAUGCUGGAAACGCUACGUGGGAAGAGGAUGAUGUUUAUUGGAGACUCCCUCAACCGUGGUCAAUAUGUAUCUUUCAUAUGUCUUAUCCAUCGACUCAUUCCAGAAAAUGCCAAAUCUAUGGAAUCUUUUGGUUCACUCACUGUUUUCACAGCCAAGGAAUACAAUGCGACAAUUGAGUUCUAUUGGGCACCUUUUCUUCUUGAAUCAAACUCCGAUGAUGCAGUGAUCCAUAGGGUAACUGAUAGGAUUGUUAGAAAAGGUUCAAUAAAUAAGCAUGGCCGUAAUUGGAAAGGAGCUGAUAUUGUGGUAUUCAACACCUAUCUUUGGUGGAUUACUGGCUCCAACAUGAAGAUCUUGCUUGGAUCUUUUAAUGAUGAAGUAAAAGAGAUUGUUGAGAUGUCAACAGAGGAUGCAUAUCGGAUGGCUAUGAAAAGUAUGCUUAGAUGGGUGGGUCGGAACAUGGACCCCAACAAGACAAGAGUCUUCUUCACAAGCAUGUCACCUUCUCAUGCAAAGAGCAUAGAGUGGGGAGGUGAAGUAGGAGGGAACUGCUACAAUGAGACAACUCCAAUUGAUGAUCCAACAUAUUGGGGCUCUGAUUCUCAGAAAAGCAUAAUGCAAGUGAUUGGAGAAGAGUUUAGGAAAUCUAAAGUGCCCAUAACAUUUCUCAACAUCACUCAACUCUCCAACUACCGCAAAGAUGCACACACUUCAAUCUACAAGAAGCAAUGGAACCCUCUGACCCAAGAGCAAUUAGCUAACCCUGCUAGCUAUGCUGAUUGUAUCCAUUGGUGUUUACCAGGACUUCAAGAUACUUGGAAUGAGCUUCUAUUUGCCAAGUUGUUUUUUCCUUGAAAGCGUAUCCAAAAUUGAAGAGAUCCUUGUUCUUUUGGGUCUUCUGGUGGCAUGGAAACUUGUAAAUGGGAAAUGGGAAGGUAUGACAUGGGCGGAUAACCCCGUUGUUUUGUUAGAAAGUGAAGAAAGAAAAAAAGAAAGAGGGCUGUACGAUGAAAAUAGAUAACUUUGAAAAGGAGGAAGAGAACAAUAUACAUGACAAAAUUUAAUAGAUUUUAUUUUCCAAUAA